UGUCCGUCAAUGUUCCAGCGGUUCCGGCGCCUCAUCGUAGCAUCGCGAUAGUGGACCUCAAGAGCCGACCUCCGCGAAUCCCGUCGUCCGCGCAUCGCGCUUCUUCACUAGGCUUGCAGCGGAGCCGCUGGAGCUUGCUUGAACAAUCAUCGACGGAAUCCUAUGUGCCACCACACCGCUUCAUAUUCCGCCAAGAAACGUGCGGUUCACCCCUUCACUCGCGCUCUUGUACUCGCAAUAUCGACCACGUAGCUCGUCCUUCGCAAAGACGUGCAUGAAGAUCAUUGGUAGUAAGCUCCGCCGUCGGCUGUCCUCCAUCCAUCCAUCGACCGAGCAGAAGAGAAAGGCCCUUCUAAUUGGAAUCAAGUAUGAUACCUCUGGCUCGCCGGUGAGCCAGGAGUUCGGACAGUUGGACGAACCCCACAAGGACGUCACUUCUGUACGGGAUCUGCUUAUAGAUGUGUAUGAGUACCCGCCGGAGAACAUUGUGGUGCUGAUCGACGGGGAGGGGCGUGAUCGAAAGGUGCAGCCCACCAGGGUCAACAUGACGAGGGAGAUUCAACGACUCGUCCAGGACGUGAACCCUGGAGACCACCUGGUGUUCCUCUUUGCCGGGCAUUUGACUCAGCUCACCUGCUCGGUGCGCAUAGAGGAUGAUGACAUGGACGAAGCCAUCGUGCACAUGGAUCGCGGCCUAAGCUUAUGUUAGACAACUAACGAAACACCUCAUUGACCCACUAAAGCCCGGCGUCCAGCUGAUUGUGACCGGACUCGAGCGUCCAGAGCUUCCCUCACCAGGCCCUCGACUGUCGUUGCUAUCCUGACGCCGGAGCUACUGUUGGAGGCUACCAGCAUGUCCGACGAUGACGACGGGGAGAAGGAGAAGGAAAGGACACUUCGGCCAUCAAGCUUCGAUACACCGUCAGUGAGGCCGACCUGUCUGACUGGUUCGAAACGCGAUACGAGACGAACAACAGCCCUGGGGAGCGGCUUCUUAUUCCGCACCUU